AUGGAUCUUUAUUUAACUUUUAAUUGCAAUGGAAAAGUGAAUUUUAAUGAUUGGGAAUUAAAUAGAAAUGGGUUAUUCUUACGUGGAGAAGUGGACAAAAUUUUAUAUCCACAAGACGAAUGUUUCUUAUUAGAUAAAAAUGUACGACUUUUUGGCUAUGAUAUGUCUGCUGCAACAGCUUUGUUAGAUUUAAAGCAUUUCAAUAGAUGUAUGAAUAUGCAACUAAAAAUACUCAGCAGGCAUGAAACUUAUAAUCAAGUAUUAAAUUUCAAAACAAAGGAUAUUGAUUUUUAUUAUAUAAGAUGCAUUAUAUCAGAAUUUAUUUUAUAUAUUCGAAUGUAUUUAAAUAGUAUUAAAGGAAAUUAUCGGUCAUUACAAGCUAUAAAUGAGAAUAUUGAAGAAGAAUUUAAUGUAUUAUUUAUUACAAUAAAACGUUUCCUUGAAAGAAUACGUAAUAUUCCUGAUGCUACAUUCCAUUAUGCACCUUCUAAAUUAGGCAAUCAGUGCAAACAACCAGAAUAUCACAUGUAUCAUAUGCAUAUUGAAUUAAGAUGGUUUUUUAUUUCAUUAAUAUAUACACGAAAUAUAUAUUUCCAAUAUCCAAUUGAAAACCAUUUGGAUGAGUUUGAAAGCAUUCAAAUAAUGAUUAUUAAUGAUCUAAUUUAUACUUCAUUAAAAAUAUUUGAAACGAUGCCUCUGAUACAUGUACAACAAAAAACUCCAUAUAAUUGUACUUGUAUUCGUGAAUUAUGGCUUAUGCUUCAAAUAUUUAUUGAUAAUUUAUCUGACAGAAUGAAAUCAAAGACUUUUUGGGAAUAUGUAAAUGAAUGUAUUAAUGGAUUAUUAAAUAGGAAUGCAUCUGACAACAACAAAGAGUUUCUAACAAUUUGUAAAAAUUCUGAAUUAUUCUGCUUAUGGAUUGUCCAUAAUCUUUCACUUUUAUAUGGUUACAAUAGUGAUGGAAUAUAUUUAGGACCUAAGUGUUCAAGGAUAAGACCUAAUUAUGAACAACUAGAAAGAAUUUUGAAAACAUAUAUUUCAAAAGGUGGGAAAGAUGGUGAUCGAGAUGAAAUUGAUGAAGAAUUACGUAUAAUGAUACCUUUAUUAAAUAAUAUUGUUACUACUUGGUGGCAGCCACGAGUUUCAGUCAUUUCUCUUCUUUGGGAUUGCUUCCAUAAAAGAUUAGAUGAACCAUUUCUGUUACAAGUAUCUGGUCCUUGGACAUUGUCAGUUGAGAAGAAAUCUGCAAUGGAUAUUCUCAAACAGGUGAAGGAUAGAAUAAAUAAUAUAGAUUGUAUUAAAGAAUCAAGUUAUGGCAUGUUCUUACGUUUGCUUGGAUCUUUUUUACGUAUAAACUACAAUAACAGUGAUACAAAAUACUGGAAUCAAAUUAAAGGUCGUAUUUAUUCUAAAUUUUCUAAGGGUAAAGUUGAAGAAUUUUCACUAAGUGGCUUAUAUAAUUUUAUUUCAUUAUUUUUAACAUUAGCUAUUACUGCUGAUACAACAAAUGUUUGUUCUGUAAUGUUAGACCUUUUACCAAUAACAAAAGAAUAUAACAGUGAAAACAGUAAAAAACAUAAUUUAAUCUGGAAAGGAAAAUUGGCUGUUCUGCUUUUAUAUAAUAAUUUUAAAUUGGACUUAAUAAAUAUAGCACCUUUAUAUAUAGAUACGGUAAAUAUUAUAUGUUGUCGUAAAGAUGAUACAUCACGAUCAAUAAUGAGUAAUUUUAUUGAUGUAUUCAGUACGAUUUUAUCAUCUAGUAGUAUCGAAUUAGGAGAACAUUUAUUAUUUAGUGGAUGGAUAGAUAGAUAUUUGUUAGAAUGUUCAAAUAAAAUGGUCGGAAUAUUAAUAAGAGUCUUAGUUAACAUUUUCGAAAAAUGCAUUUAUCUCACUACUGCUUCUAAUACAGGUAGAGUAACACAGAUGCUAGAUGCUUUAUGGUGUUAUGUUGCAUGUAGAGUAAGACAACUUGUUUUUGAUCCUGUUCUUACUAAUGAAUACUACCAAGAUAUUUCAAAACUUGCAGUUUUAUUUACUUUAGAAGCAUUGAAAAAUCCAGCAAUAGCAAAAAAGCAUAAACAUUCGGUUAGCUCUUUAUUUCAGCAUUUUGCGACAUCGAUAAUCGUUAAAGACAUAAGAAUCACAAGAUAUUAUUUGAUACUAAUUCUUGAACAGGAACAAGCAGUUCAUGACCUAAAAAAAGAAAUAAAAAAUUUUGAUACAAUACUUAUACAAGCAUGGUUAAAAUGUUCUAUCAUUGGUCAUGAUACAAAUGGAAAUGAAAUAAAAGUACUGCAAAAUUAUAUAUUACAAUUAAAUGAUAUACAAGAAAUUUUUGAAACAUAUAAUGAUGUUCAAGAAUUUCAAAAUAAUGAUGAAUCUAUUUUAAUAUUUAUAAUGCACUCUAUGAAAAAACGAAACACUUUAAAAACUGAACAAGAACGAAUUCAGUAUGAUACAAAAUGGAGGUUGUACUUAAAUCAUAUAGAAAAAUGGAUUCUUUUACCUAUUACAGAAGAAACUAAGGAUUCAGAAUUGGCUUUGUGGAUAUACAGGUGUAUUGGAACAUUAAUUCUUUGUACUUCUAUUAUGCUAUAUUCUAAAAAUCAACCAAAUAACAUAUUCAAAACAUUACUGAAUAAAACUAUACUGUCAGUGGAACAACCUUUCCUAAAGAACAUAGGGAAAAAAACAUUUUCUAUGAUAGUUUUGGGUAUGGAAGCCCUUAAUGUUAGAAGUGAUAUAUCACUUCAAGUUUUAAUACGAGAUCUUUUUGAUCAAUAUAUGCCACUCUUAGUAACAUCAACUAUUAAUGCAAAUACUUUUAAAGUAUCUGAUUCGUUAUUAAAAUGUUUUAAAGAUGCGAAAGCAGAUUUUAUACGUUUAAUAUUCGAAAUUUUGAUGACUAAUUUUUUUACCAUUUCAAAUGAUAAUAUAAUGCAUAAACAUUCUUAUUUAGUAAUGAUAAUUUUACAAAAUUUGCUCAAAGGUGACAGAAAUUAUGCAUGUCAUAUAAUAGAAUAUAUUAUUUCAAUUUGCACAUCGCAUGUUGUUGGAUGUUACAUAAAAGUUCAUGAUCAUCAUCCACACAAACAGCAGACUACUGAUUUCAUAAAUAAUAUUAUUGGAAAUAUAUACUACAAAGAAAAUAAUUGUUUACGAGACAAGUUUUAUAAUACAAUAUCCAGUACUGUUAAAAGGUCAUUAAUAACAAAUCAACAUAAUACUUUUGAAUUUUUAUAUUCAAUUUUAUCAAUAUCGAUUGAAAUAGUACAAUUUUUGUCACUACAACUUGAACAUACCUUAAAUGAUUUAGAGAUGCAAAGACGUCCAAAUGCUGCAUCUUUUAGGUAUUCCUGGAAUCUGCUUCAAAGUCUCAUAAAAAAGAAUAAGACAGGUCACUAG